AUGUCAGAACUAGCGAAUGAGUUGGGGUUCGAUCCCUCGCUGAAGAAGAAGAAGAAGUCCAAGAAGGUAGAAGAAUCCGAGACCAACAACGGAGCAGCAGCAGCAACAGCAGCAGAAGAAGCGGAUCUUUUUAGCGGGCUGAAAAAGAAGAAGAAGAAGCCUAAACAGGCGUUGGGCGACGCCGGAGAUAUACAGGACGCUGUGGACGAGGUGGACGCAGCGCUGGGCGAGCUGAAGCUUAAGAAGAAAAAGAAGAAGAGCAAGGAAAGCACUGUGGACGAGUUCGAAAAAGAAUUGGCCAAAGCGGGCGUUUCCACGCCCGCAGGCCGUGAAAACAGCAACGGGACCAGCCGCGAGGCGUCGCUGGUGCCAGACGAAGAUUCCGCGUUGCAGCAGGACGCAGGCCUGCCCUACCAGGAUCUGCUGUCGCGAUUCUUCGAAGUGCUCAGAACCAACAACCCGGAGCUGGCAGGCGACAGAAGUGGACCCAAGUUCAGAAUCCCACCUCCCGUGUGCCAGAGAGACGGUAAGAAAACGAUUUUCUGCAACAUCCAGGAAAUUUCCGAAAAACUGCAAAGAAACCCAGAACAUCUCAUCCAGUACCUGUUUGCUGAACUGGGUACUUCCGGUUCCGUGGACGGUCAAAAGAGACUGGUCAUGAAGGGUAAGUUCAUGCCCAAACAGAUGGAGAACGUGCUGAGAAGAUACAUUCUGGAGUACGUCACGUGUAAGACCUGUAAGAGCAUCAACACCGAUCUGCGCAAGGAACAGUCCAACAGACUGUUCUUCUUGGUUUGCAAGAGCUGUGGCUCGACCAGAUCCGUGUCGUCCAUCAAGACCGGUUUCCAGGCCAUUGUUGGUAAGAGAAGAAGGAUGUGA